AUGAACCUUGAUUCUCAGGGCAACAUCAUCAGAAACCCAAGACACACUGUACACACUUUAGAUGAUUUGGAUAUCAGUAAUACGUGGUUUGGUUCUCGUAAUAGAUCAUCAUCAAAUCCACCAGAGGUCGACGAUGCCAAGGAUUCCUUGGUUAAUAGACCACGUGCUGGUACCAUUGAGACAUCGUCCCCUGAUGCACCAAAUACAAAUACACACACAGAGCGAAAGAUAGUUAUUAUUAAUGCAGCAAAAAAAAUGGAAGAGAAAAAACCAAAAGAUGUGUUAACAAUUCAACAAACAAAACUUAAAGAGCCCGAUAGGCCAAAAGUGAUUAUUCAACCUGCAAAACCAAAAGAGGAGGAAAAACCAAAAGUCAUUAUCCAACAAGCAAAAUAUAAAGACGAGCCCAAAAAGGGCUUCAUCAAUGACAGUAAACCAUUACCAAAACAGACUUUUAGCAGACCCGCAGAACCAAAGAAGAAAAUUGUACUUGUGGAAAAUACUGCAGCAGAACCAACUGUUAAACCUAAAGAUGUUAAACCAACCAGAGACAUUUUAAUCAUUGAAAACAGUACUACAUCUGCUCCAGCACCUACUGCUGCUGCUGCCGCUACUACUGCAACAGUCACAGCAUCGACAACGACACCUCAUAAUCCAGACACGGAACAAAGUCGGCCCGGAUAUAGCAAAUUUGCAGCUCAUGCAGCGAUACCUAAAGCCAAAGUGCCUCGCUCUGGACAUUCUGAAGUUCAAAUUAGACAUUUGUAUUCACCCAGAGAAGAUGAAUUGUUAGCAACUAGAGAAAGCACCAGUGUAUCAAAACUGAGAUCGAUGUUUGGUGGCAACAAGUCAUGA